UGACCGUCACCAACCGGGACUUGUGUUAGAUCACCGUUCAGCACCCACACAGCAGCUGCUCCAGAUUAACGGGAGCACUUCGGGUCUCUGGGAUUAUAAAUACGAUCUCCGGGAUAAAAGUCUCAGAAGAGCGAUUUUGAAUGAGCGGCGGCGCGCGUUCACGUGACGCGCGAGUAUCCGGUGCGCGCGACUGGUGUAACGGCGGCGGCGGCGCUUCAAGACUCUCCGCCUCACCACGAGCGCCGGUCAGAGUAAAAGGCACUUGACGCAACAUCAACGGAGGAGGCGCACUCAAGCCAUUCCAACUUUUCUUCUCUCCUAUUCCCAGGACUAAGAGGAUCCACAGCGGUCCUGCAUCAUGCCUCGCUCCCGGCGUCUCUGAUCCAUUUCCACAUCGUAGUAUGAGAGAACCAUGAGCACUGUGGAGGAAGAACCGGAUCACAUGAUACCAUGAAGAGAAGCCUGCAGGUCCUGCCUAACCAGCUGCUGAGCAUUCUUCUGAUCCUGUCAGUACCAGAGAAGCUGGUAUCCUUUGCACAGGAGCUCUCUCCCAGCUGGACGCCACGGAGCCUUGUCUCUAUGUUACAUUCACCAAGCCCACCUGGCUGGUGGAAGGGGUCUAGUACUGGUGACCAGCCCAUUUUCAGAGGUCGCAAUGCACCAAUAUCUACCCUGGCAUUCCUAAUGCCUCACCUGGAUCAUACCACCACAGUUAAGACUAACUUUGGCCCAAGUCUAAUGCCUAGUAUUGAAUUAAGAGAAAAUCCCUACAGAACUGGGUUCCAGAAGGCUGUUAGACCUAAUUCUAACAGAAACAGCCCCAGAUCUUUUACACCCUCCAUGGUGUGGAAUUCCAGUGCUACUUCUCGGAACCUAUCCACAAUGACUUCAUUUAUCAGUAGGAGGCCAGGAAGCAGGAUGAACCAAAAUGGGUCGGUCAGUAGAAAGCAGAAGGUAUCUAUGGAGUCAGACUCUAAAGUGGCCCCUGCUGCUGAGCAUUCCCAACUAAGAUCCAUUGAUAACACCCAAGGGAUGAGUGUUGAAGAGCCAACCACCCCCACUUACCCUUACUCGUCAAUGAUGUCAUUGUUGUUAUCCAUUCCUGCUAUGCCACUGGAGAAAAGCUUCAGGCAGCACGUUCAUGCCAUCAAACAGCGUAAUGCUGCCACUCUUCCUGAAAACUAUACUGAGUCAAAAUCGCAGCCACCUGAUCAGACCACACAUUUUCCUCUGAAAGCAACUGAGUACUCGAAAACAAAUAAAGUUACCCACCCUACAGAGUUUGCCAGCCUUCUUAUGAACAGCAGCUCAGCAAAGACAUUAGGUGGCACAAAUACUCCUGCUUACAUAACCAGUGAUGCUUUCUUCUUCAAGAAUAGUGUGACAGACACAAGCACUCGCUCCAAUGAUGGAAAUUUAGGUACAUUGUUGAAUAUUCCUCCACUGAGAAAUGAUUCAAGUGUGAGUAGAAUGCCUACCACCCCACGAGGGACCAUGGGCUCAGGGAACCAAUCGGGCCCUGAUCCUGAUUCAGACAAUAACCGUGCCACCAUUUGCCUGACCAAAAUGGACAUUGUAUGGGUGGUGCUUGCCAUCAGUGUGCCUGUAUCCUCCUGCUCUGUUCUGCUGACAGUGUGCUGCAUGAGAAAGAAGAAAAAGUCAACCAGCCAUGAGAACAACCUGAGCUAUUGGAACAACACCAUCACCAUGGAUUACUUCAAUCGGCAUGCUGUGGAGCUCCCUCGUGAGAUACUGCCACUGGAAACUGUUGAUGAGCGGGAGACAUGCCUACCCCCUAAUGGUGACUACAGUGACAGUGGUGUUGUGCUGGUUAACCCUUUUUGCCAAGAGACUCUCUUCAUCAACAGAGACAAGGCCUCUGACAUCUGAGCAUGUCACCAUUAUCACAGCUUGUCUGUUUGUUUUUUCUUUCCCAAAGGUUUUUUUUAUAUAUAAUUUGGUGGAUCUUCAAAGACAGAGCUUUAUAUAUAUAUAUAUAUAUAUAUAUAUAUAUAUAUAUAUAUAUAUAUAUAUAUAUAUAUAUAUAUAUAUAUAUAUAUGUAUAUAUAUAAGAUAUAUAGACAAGUUUAAAAAGACAAAUGAAUGAAUUAAGAGCACUCUUGCUGUAAGGGUAAGCCCCCUUGCAUAUUUUUUCCUGAUGUACAUUUUCUACAGAUACUUAAUUGUGAUAAGGGUUUUUAUGUAUUUUUUGGAUAAAAGCAGUGUGUGUGGUUUCUGUGGUGUUCAUGUGGCUUGGAAUAAAAAGCAAUGCAAUGUAUGCUGUAAAGAUGUGUGUGAACUUACCCAAAACACUUAAAAACUUAAAAGCCUGAUGAACUUGAAUUGCCUGUGUGUAUAGUGAUGCAAAAGCAGAUAGCAGUGGGUAUGUGCCUGGGUUCAGGGAGGUACAUAAACCCUGUGUUAUCACUGGAAGAAAUGUAGUAGUGGGUUAUGUCAUGAGACAGAAGAAUUUAUGUAGUAGUGGGCUAUGUCAUGAGACAGAAGAAAAAGUUUUUGCCCUUAUGAGUCACCAGCACAGGGACUAUUUGAAAAGUCUGUAAGUCCCUUUGUAGACAGCACUGUGUUUCUGUGUCCAGUUACAUCUGGAUUCUCACGUUUAAACACCUGUGUGUGUGUGUGUGUGUGUGUGUGUGCGAGAGAGAGAGAGAGAGAGAGAGAGAGAGAGAGAGUGUAAGAGAGCGUGUGUGUGUGUGUGUGGUGUGUGUGUGUGUGUGUGUGAGAGAGAGAGAGAGAGUGUAAGAGAGCGUGUGUGUGGUGUGUGUGUGUUAGAUUAGGGAUCAUAUUCUUUACAGCAUCUCUAAAUUAAAAAUGAAAUAUUUUUAAACACGAUUAUAUUAGCUUGCUUUGCUAAGGUUAGCUGUGUUGGGCAGUUCUGUAUCCUCACAUGCUUAAACUCUUUGUUGUUCUUUUGUUUUAUUUUUAUAAAUACAGUGGCACUUUUAUUAGCCCAGAAUAACAUGGUAUCAGUGUCUCAUAUGAGGUUGUUUUUAAAAAGGCUGAGAAUGCUUCACAGUGUGUGGAAGGAAGAAGACCCUUUUGUCUGUUUGUGUGUCUUUCUGCCUUUAAAAUUGUUUUAUUGUGAGCACUGAGGUUUGUCCAAUCUUGGACUGCAUUGUUUUAUGCUGAAAGAUUCUGACCAAAAGUUGUCACUCUGUAGUUCUCCUCUGGUGUUUAUUGCUGUAUUGUACAGUUCUUUUUUUGGAUGAUUAUGAGUAUAAAACACUGGAUGUAUUAGAGUAAAAAUAUUAGACUAAGUGAUCAAAUCAGAGAAAAUAUUUUAUACUGCAAUAUUUACUUUGAGCAUAUGUAUGAACAUAUUGUUAUUCAGUCAGUCUUUCAGUAAAUCAGUACCACUUAUUGAAUCAGCUCAGUAACAGUUUUUGUUGUCAUGUACUGAUUUCAAUGCCUUUUUUACUGUUCAUUUUAUUAUUAUUAUUUUUAAUCUUUUAUCAUCCUGUUAUUUUUAUUUUACAUUUAGGAAGGAUAUGUAGGAGGGAUAUCAGGUUUAUUGCUUUACAGUCUUAUUAGCAGAGGGAAUCACAUUAUCAACUUAUUUUGUAUUGUAGCACAUACACUGUACUUUUUACUGCUGAGCAAUAAAAGAAAAAAUGGUU